UGCUCACCCAACUCUCAUGAUGGCCCAUAGAACUUGCUCUUGCUCAGCACAAGUUCUUUUUCGGCCUCCAGUUCUUACUCUAAAAUGGCUGCUAGAACUCUUACGAUGCCUUCAACGUACGACCGUCUAGCUGAACUCCCUGUCCCAACAUCUGCAUCGUUCGUAGAUCGUAACGUAAUCCAGUUGAACUCAACCAUUCAAGACUUUACAAGAAACACCAGACGUUCUGUAUCUAAAUCAAUUGUUAUCACACCAGAGUCCGAGUCGAUCUUUGCAUCUCCAAAUCAAGAAAUCGGCAGCGAAGCGGUUCUUUCUAGGCCCUCGAGAUGUGGAAGAUAUCAAGCGACUCUAAAUGAGAUCGGUGCUGGUGAUCAGAAACGACGGUUUGUUGAAGUAUGGUCAAAGGAAAGCAUGUUAGUGAGCAAGGAGGUUACAGAUGUUCACGGUGCAUUCUACAAUGACGAUUACAUCUCGACGUUGUCUUUCACCGUCUCAAACAAUGCCAUCAUAUAUAUCGCAGAGGAGAAAAACACACAUCCAAAGGAUUCGCCAGCUUACUUUCAAUACUCCCAAUCAUUCGGGGAAGGCUUUCCCGAAAAGAAACGACCUAUUAUCUUCAUAUUCGUAUGGGAUCCGAAAUCCUUAGAUCCCAGCGAAAAAUGCGCCGUCGUCUCGCUAUCCAUGGGUACAUCCCAGAUCUUUUUCGGACAGGCCGUGUUUUCAUCGAAUUCAGAUACACUCUUCGCUACCGGAUACGAACAUGCACUCGGAGGUAGAUUAUUGGGUUUGAAAGGAUGUUACAAUCGUCCAAGUGGUAUUUGGAAAAUCCAACUUGAGAAAAAUGCUCUAAAAAAAGUUGGGGAUGCAACCGAUACUCCAACACCAUCUAUCCACUGUCAACUCCUAAAACUUACACCUCCAGAUCUAUCUUGCCGGUCACCACGUAUCCUCCUCACCGAACACUCAGAAAUUUUGAUUUGGUUGGCUUGUUCAACUGGUGGAGCACACGCAUCAACCUCACGUCUCUACUCUCUCGACCUCACCUCUGACGUAAAACCAGAACACUGUCGGGUAGUCGUUGAUGUUGUAAACGAUAUCCGAGAUAGAGACGACGGUUUCCCAGGGCUCUAUCCCGAUCCGUCCCUUCCUCCAUCUCCCUUCCUCCGCAUCGGAAAUCGAGAAUAUCUGGUUACACAAUCGGCGGUCACUUCAUACUACGCUAUUGUUCUCGUUUCUCUUGAAGACGGUGCCGUGACGAACUUGACGCCUAGUAAGGAAGGGUCUCUAUACAGCUGGGUCGUCCUAUGUACAGACGGAGAACGAAGAGUUGUCUGUGCCCGAACGGCUCCAACAGUACCUUCCGAAGUCGUCAUCGGAGAAUUUGAUGUCGAUAGUUCUGGGAAAGUGUCUGUGUCGUGGAAGGUGCUACAGUCCACCGUAUCUCUUCUUUCCGAUAAAAUUCAACAAAAACUGAACCAUCUCAAAGUGAGCAUAGUCGCCAUUCCUAAUCGGCACCCGGUGGAAACGGUCGUUAUUCAACAUGUGGGGGUCGAAGGAGGGAAAGUACUUCCUCAUAUUCUGAUGCCUCAUGGAGGACCACAUGCUACGAGUAUUGUGAAGUUUGACCCUACGGUCGUUGGUUUUGCCCUUGAAGGCUUCAACAUAUCACUUCCAAACUACACGGGCUCUCUGGGCUUCGGUGAAUCGCACGUUCAACAUCUUCUCGGCAAAUGCGGUGCGCUCGAUGUGGAAGAUUGUAUAGAAUCUCUUCGAUAUCUCGCCACGAUCGGGGUAGUAGAACGUGAAGGUGGCUCUUCGAAGGUAUUCGUAUUCGGUGGAAGUCAUGGAGGGUUCCUCACUGGCCAUCUAAUCUCACGAUAUCCAAACACAUUCACAGCAGCCUGCCUCCGGAACCCUGUUGUCUCUCCUGGUGAAAUAUCCACUUCUGAUAUCAGAGAUUGGUAUUGGUCGGAAUUCAAACACGAAUAUCCGAUCUUUUCGUCUCCAGUUGGAUCAGACGGUCUUUCCUCAAACAUGGGGCAGGCGCGAUUAGACAACAACGGUCUCAUGAAACCCGAGCUCUACGAAUCCUUAUUCAAACUCUCGCCUAUAGCAGACGUUGAAAAAGUGAAAGCUGCGGUUUUAGUAUGCAUUGGGGGGAGUGAUAAACGUGUAGCGCCUACACAAGGGAUAGACUAUUAUCAUGCGUUGAAGGCUGUUAGGGCGAAAGCGAACUUGCCAGAUGAUGAUGUGGAUAUGUUGUGGUUUCCGGAGGAUGGUCAUACUUUAGAAGGUGUGGAGGCGAGUAGGAUGUCGUGGGUUCGUACUCUUGAAUGGUUUAGGUCCAGGUUGUGAAAUUACAUGUAUGGGUACAAGGUUUCGUGGAAUUGGUUUCUUUUUACUUCUCUGAGAAGUGCACCUCGGUCCCGAGAAUCCAUCAU